AUGGCAUACCCUAUUCUGUCUCUCUGGCUGCUGGUGACCAGGCUGGGUCCUCAUGCCUAUGGCCAAAGUGCACCUGCCCAGGAAAAUCAUACAACCCCGGUGGACGGGCCAACCUCCUCCCUCCUCCUGGACAAUUCCCACUUUGCCUUCAGCCUGUACCAACAGUUGGUGGCCCCAGACCCAGACAGGAAUGUGCUCUUCUCCCCACUGAGCCUUUCCGCUCCCCUCACGCUGCUAGCCCUCCAGGCCAAGCCAAAAGCCCGCCCCCAGAUUCUGCAAGAUCUGGGGUUUCAUCUCACUGGGGUCCCAGAGAGCAGGUUGCAUGAACACCCCAGUCAGCUCCUGGAAGCCCUCCUGUCAGCCCCGGGGGCGUGCCGGAUGGAUACCGGCAGCAUGCUCUUUCUGGGUCAGGGUAGAAACCCAAGGCGGAAGUUUGCCCAAAGAGCCCGGAGUCUGUACCGCACGGAGAUCCACGCCACGUCCUUCAAGAACUACCGGGUGGCCAGGCAUCAGAUGGACCUGGCCAUGGAGAAGAAGACCGGGGGCAAAAUCAAGACCUUUUUUGAGGGGAUGAAGAUGCACUCGGUUUUGAUUCUGGCAAAUUAUAUAUUCUUUAAAGGGAAAUGGAAGUACCGCUUUGACCCGAAGGACACUAGGAUCAUGCCCUUCUCGGUGAGCAAGGAGCUCAGCGUCCCGGUGCCCAUGAUGCAGAGGCUGGGCUGGUUCCAGCUGCAGUACUUCCGCCACCUCCACAGCCACGCCCUCCAGGUGCCCUGCGUCUGCAACACCACUGCUCUCUUCAUUCUUCCUGAGAAGGGGACGCUCGCCCAGGUGGAGGAGGCGCUGAUGAAGGACAAUUUGGACAAGUGGACUGAGCCCUUCCCACUGAAGUAA